AGCGUAAAUGUACAAGCUCCAGCCUCACCACCACCGCCAUGUCGCUCCGCAAGUUCCUGCCUGCACGAUCUGUGCAUCUGCGCAUAAUACCACGGCCAGCAAAUUUAUCAGAGAGCCGUGAGAUCUUCCGAGUAUUGCAGCGCUUUGGGGAGAUUAGCAUGUACAAAUCCUUGCGGUAUGAAUACCACAACCCCGCCGACAACAUCGCGCUAGCCAUCUACCGCUCCGCCGACGCAGCGCAACACGCCCUCGACGCCUCCCCCAUCCGCUUCGCCCUCGAGAAAGUCGUGCCCACGGACAGCGAAAACACACAGCCCCUAAACGCCGAAGAGCAGCUAGAAGAGAACCUCGACCUGCACAACGCAUCCCCAAACACUGGUAUAGACGAGAUGCUGCGCCCCAGCACGCUGUCCGCGCGUUCCUCCCUCCCUCCCACCAGCACCCCCCGCGAUCCAGACCAAACCCCCCAAACACACCCACCAUCCAUGCCCUUCGCGGCCCCCACAAUCAGCAAAACAGCAACAAAAUGGUUCCAAGUCACCGUCGACCAGUCGCGCGCCGUGCACCAGGAUUUCGUCGAGCGCCAGCCGUACUGGAAGCAGUUCACGCCCAUGAAGAGCAUGGCGCAGGAGGAUCUGAGUAAGCGGGUGCCGCACCCCGGGCUGAGCGAUGUUAGUAAGAGGCCGCCGAAUGCGCAUCGUACGCCGAAGAAGGUGUUGCGUUUGAUGAGCGAGUAUGUGGAUCGCCGGAUGGUUAGUCUGAGGGAGGUGUGGGAGGCGGAGCAGGAUAAAUCGAGGGGGAAGGUGGGGGAGGGGGGGAGGCGGUGA